ACACCGUUUCUGUAAUUUAUCAAAUACACUUGAAGAAAUAUUUGCUGAUCUAUACAACAGUUCAUGGAUGUACAACACAGAUGGUAAAGUUACAAUUAUAUUGAACGGCAGUAAUAUUUCUGCUCUAUCAGAGUAUACGAAAAUGGUUUUUCUAAUUCUUGGAAUUGAAAUAGCUAUUACACUGUUAAUCAUCAUAAUCUCAUCAAUGUUGUAAGUUGUUCAAUCAACCAUAGAAGUAAACAUUUUGUAGGGAGACAGUUCAUAAAACACCUAAUCCAUGGACAGUUUUACCUUGGAUAUUGAUGUACGUUUUUAGUUAUUGCAAUCUUAUCAUUAUUAUCAUUUGUUGAGUUAAAAGUAAUAAUACAAAUUGUAAUCAAGUUUUCCGAAUGUUUAUUUGUCACAUUGAAUUAUGUACCCAUUUGGAACAACAUGUUAAUCAACACAAUUUGCUCAUCACAUUAAUAGACGGAUAUCGGAGAUCAGGAAUCCAUUAUCAAAUAAUAAGUCGGACAUGCAUGCUGUUUGAAUUAUGCUAAUGAAUAAUGAUCCCAUCACCUUUAUUACAAGUUAUAAUGAAUAACAAUCCAACUUUUCUACUCUUUAUGGAGCUUGUCUUAAUUUUUAAGCUACAUGUUAUUCCCUGAAAAAAUUUCCAUCAU